UGAAGCCUGUGAGCAAAUUUAACCGGACGUUUAUCUCCGCAACUCAUUAGUUUGGAAGUAAACAUGGCGGCAGCUACAGCACCAGCGGUCCCGGAGCAAAGCCCUAAAUCAUCGCCACCAGGACUUGUGCCCUUUAACUUUUCUGAGCCCCCUGUUAUCGAAGGCUUCAACCCUUUGCCGAUAAUCAAAGAUGAGACCUUUAAAGAAAAAUUGAUUAGAAAAACCAAGGAGAACCCAUUCGUCCCAAUAGGUUGUUUGGGAACAGCAGGAGCGCUGAUUUAUGGCCUCCGUGCCUUCAAUCAAGGGAAAACCAGGCAGUCCCAGCUGUUGAUGAGGGGACGCAUCUUUGCCCAAGGCUUCACUGUAGUUGCUAUUAUUGUUGGUGUCUUUACCACAGCUGUGAAAUCCAAGUAAUGAAGACGGACCAAUCCCACACCUCCGCCACCGCCUAUUCAACUCGGAGUCAGACCAGAUCCAACUUGGAAGUGGACUGAUUUUACAAAUGAACUGAAUAAUGCAUUAUGUUUCAAGCAUUGUUCUAAUAUUUAGUUAAUGCCAACACUAUUUAGUGUUUGAAAACUAAACUGCUCACGGUGAUAAAAUAUUUAGCUUCAGGCUAGCACUAUGAAACAACGUGUAAGUGGCUCCCAGACCAGCAUGCUGGAUUUGACUUUUGUUGUGCUAUAAUAGCAUUAGAGCAAAUGUUGAUAAAUAUAAAUUAUAUGCUUCUUGUGCUUUAAGAUUACAUUUCAAAUGUUCCCAUGUAUUGUCACUGAUAUAACACCUGAUUAUACAUUUUCAUUUGAA